GAACGAUGUGGUUUGAAUUGUUUUAAUCAACCGAACGUACAAUAUAGCAGUUAUUAAAAUGUAAAGCGUUAAAAACAGCAGGGUCCACGCUUGCAGUGCACCUCAUCAACACUAGAUGGCGAUAAAUAAUCAGUAAACCCAAUUCAGAGAAACGUUUAAAUGAAAUGGUCUUUGUUGUUUUGAGACUUCUCUGUUUUCUUAUUCAAAACACGGGAGAAAAUGUACGACAGUUACCAGGCCAGUCAGCAGCAUCCAGACACACCACACGUGAUGUCAUAUCACCAGAUGGACAGUUACACUGAAGAACCAGGGGAAGGCCUUUCCGUGUCUGUCCAAAGGGAUUCGUCAGUGUAUCAGGGACCUGUUUACCACAGCUAUCCCCCAGCCGCUAAUCACUACCAGGAGCAGGUCUGCAAGCAGAACUUUAGUGAGCAUCAACACCAGCGGUACCCUGCGGUCCCACAGCAUCCUGCACAUCAUCAUAUGGUACAGCAGCAACUCAUGCAUCAACACAUGGUCCAGCAGGAGCAUCAGCAGCAACACAUGGUCCAGCAGGAGCAUCAGCAUCAACACAUGGUCCAGCAGGAGCAUCAGCAGCAACACAUGGUCCAGCAGGAGCAUCAGCAGCAACACAUGGUCCAGCAGGAGCAUCAGCACCAACACAUGGUCCAGCAGGAGCAUCAGCACCAACACAUGGUCCAGCAGGAGCAUCAGCAGCAACACAUGGUCCAGCAGGAGCAUCAGCAGCAACACAUGGUCCAGCAGGAGCAUCAGCACCAACACAUGGUCCAGCAGGAGCAUCAGCACCAACACAUGGUCCAGCAGGAGCAUCAGCACCAACACAUGGUCCAGCAGGAGCAUCAGCAGCAACACAUGGUCCAGCAGGAGCAUCAGCACCAACACAUGGUCCAGCAGGAGCAUCAGCACCAACACAUGGUCCAGCAGGAGCAUCAGUAUGAGCAUACUGUCCAUCAGCAUCUUCCACAUCAACAUCUGGUCCAACACCAGCAUACGGUCCAGCAACAAAAGCUGGGGCUUCAGCCCCCCCCUCAGGCGUUGACGCCACUGAAAAAGAAAAGAGGUCGACCUUCUAAACAGCAGGCGGACAACAAGGAGAUAAAGGAGGAGGAAGAUGAGGCUGAGGCUGCUAAAAAAGCCAAGAGGACUCUUAACCGCUUCAAUGGCAUGUCGGUGGACGAAGUGAUGGCCAAAACCCUCCCUGAUGUUAUAACCCACAACCUUGACAUUCUGAUUAUUGGAAUCAACCCAGGACUGUUGUCAGCCUUCAAAGGACAUCAUUACCCGAACCCAGGAAACCAUUUCUGGAAAUGUCUGUUUCUGUCUGGUCUCACCGAGCAGCAGCUCAACUACAUGCACGACCAUAGUCUGCCCGAGAAGUACAGCAUCGGCUUUACCAACAUGGUAGAAAGGACCACGCCUGGCAGCAAGGACCUCUCCAGCAAGGAAAUCCGUGAGGGAGGCCGGCAGCUGCUUGACAAGCUCCAGAAAUACAAGCCGUUAAUAGCAGCUUUUAAUGGAAAAGGUAUUUACGAAAUUUUUUGCAAAGAAAUCUUUGGCGUAAAAGCCAAGAGUCUGGAGUUUGGCCUUCAACCCUACAAAAUCCCUGAGACGAAAACGGUGUGUUUCCUGAUGCCGUCAUCAAGCCCCCGCUGUGCCCAGUUCCCUCGUGCACAGGAUAAGGUGCAUUUCUACAUAAAGCUGAAGGAACUGCGUGACCGGAUGAAAGGCCUGGCCGUGGGUCGUGAGGUGGUGGAGAUGCAGUACUCCUUUGACCUGCAGCUAGCUAAAGAGGAUGCCAAAAGGAUGGGGAUCAAAGAAGAGCAGGUGGAUCCAGAGUAUGAGAGCUGUAGUGGGCUUCAUGACGAGGCAAGACAGAACAUCUGAGGAAGAGGAGAGAAGAAGCUCUGACCUGGCUGCUGUAGAAAUCAGGUUGUGUGGGUAAUGUGACAUAAAAUGACUCCUGACCAUUGUAAUGAGCUCUUUCACGCUUAUCUGACUCGACACAAAAUGUGUGUUUUGUUAAUCGACCCUACAGGCCAGUCAACGAAGAACUACAGCUGUGGCUGAUGACAUCAUCCAGGUGUCAGCUGUGCUGUCAGAAGGAUUCCUCGACGAGGAAAAGAAAGGGUGCAACAAAAGAGGAAGAUCUGUUCUGCCUCUGAUCUUCGGCACUCGGAAGCAUUCACACAACCCUGUUGACCCUAAACAUCUGCAUGUUUUAAAUACUAUUUAUGGCUGUUUCUAUGUGUUUCUGAAAAUGAUGAUGUAUUUUGAUAAAACUGUUUUAUGCUCUAUCUGAGUUGAUGAAAUAAUUUUCUCAUUAGUUGGUAAAGAAUUAAUAAAUUGAUUCUAAAACUUC